CCACAACACCAAAUUAUUAACCAAGUAAAAAAGUACAAGAUAUCAAAAAAUAAAAUUUGAACGAAAGAUAUAGCACAAGAGCGCAUGAGGGGGACAAACCGUCAAUAUUUCGUCUACCUGGUUCAUCGUCAUCCCUUCCUAUCUCUGGCCUAUUCUUGUCUCUUGCAUCGCCCUUCAUCAUAAUUGGAACAUGUCUAUCCUUGUUUCUAUCAGUCAAGGUUUGCAUCUCACUUGUUGCGUUUCCCUCAAUCUCUGCGCUGCUCUCUCGUUGAAAAAACUAAUAAAACUCAGACGCCGAUGACUUUGUGCGGCUCUAAACCCUAGCUGAUGACCAAAGGGACUCUCUUCACUAAUGCACAAAGGGACUCUCUUUCACUUUCUUAUAAUAUUAAUAACAAUCUAUAAAUAAAAUAUUUACAAAAAGAGAAUAAAGACAAUAAGUAUAAAUAAAAUAAUUAAAAAACAUUAGCAACAUAAAAUAUUCAGAAUUAAUUUAGGGAUCUAAUUAAAUGAAGUUAGAUCUCUAAAGCCAAUUUCCAAAAAAGUGACCAUUUUUAUAAAAGUACAAAAAGUGACCAAGAAGGUCACAUAUUUGGAAAACAUGAUGUCACUGUCAUUUUUUAUGUCACUGUCGAAUUUUUAUGUCACUGUUAUAUGUCACUACCAGAUUUUUAUGUCACUUUUGAAAUGUAACUAUGGAUUUUCAGGUCACUUUUAAAUGUCACUACAUCGGAAAGUGUGUCACUAUGUCGCCGGAAAAUUUUCCGACCACUUUUCGCAUCAAAAUCUUCGCUGGAAACCAUCAAUCAACCUUCCGCCUGACACCAACGCCAUUGCGUGAGAUUGCCUACGCCCUUACCCUAGACCCAUCCCCUACUACCCCAGCCCCCUUUUCUGCCCCCAACCCCCUCCCCAGCCCCCUUUUCUGCCCCCAGCCCCCUCCCGUGCAACCACAGCCCAGAUCCAGCCGUUUAGCCACUCAAUCUUUGCCGCACAUCUCCGACCACCCUAACCAACCCCAAUCCACCCCUCCCAAGCCCACCUUUGACAGCCCAACCUAGCCCUGACCACCGCUAAUGAACCCUAGCCCACCUUUGUAUCAAAACAUGUUGCGUCCAAAAUCGAAGGUAGACACCAAUCAUUGUUGACUACUGUAAUAAAUAUUCUUCUUCGGUUGCUAUGUGCGAGUAGGCCUAACUUAUUGCUUCUAGUAUAGAACCAUAUCCAUGGCCGGAGCUUCGAUCUUCGUCAUCCUGGUUUUAGCUGUCAUCGCCUCCGUCUCUGGGUCGUCGAGUACCUUCUCUGAUGAUAAUCCAAUCAGGCAAGUCGUAUUGGACGGAUUGCACGAGCUGGAAAGCCCGAUUGUCUCAAUCAUCGGCUCCACGCGUCACGCUCUCUCCUUUGCUCGCUUUGCUCACAGGUAUGGGAAGAGAUAUGAGAGUGCUGCGGAGAUCAUUCAGCGUUUUGGUGUCUUUAAGGAGAGUUUGAGGACAAUUAGAUCCCAUAACAAAAAAGGACUUCCAUACAAGCUUGGAGUUAAUGAGUUUGCUGAUAUGACAUGGGAUGAGUUCCGUAAACAUAGACUAGGAGCUUCUCAAAACUGCUCUGCUACCUUAAAAGGCAAUCUUAAGAUCUCAAGUGCCAUCGUCCCAGAGACGAAAGACUGGAGGGAAGCUGGCAUAGUUAGCCCAGUGAAGAAUCAAGGCGAUUGUGGAUCUUGUUGGACUUUUAGCACCACUGGAGCUCUAGAAGCAGCUUAUGCUCAAGCAUUCGGGAAGAAUAUUUCCCUGUCAGAGCAGCAGCUUGUUGAUUGUGCUGGAGCUUUUAACAAUUUUGGUUGCAAUGGUGGUUUGCCAUCACAAGCCUUUGAGUAUAUCAAAUUCAACGGCGGUCUUGACACAGAGGAAGCAUAUCCGUACACUGGAGAAGAUGCCGUGUGCAAGUUCUCUUCAAACAAUGUUGCUGUGAAAGUCAUUGACUCAGUUAAUAUCACCUUGGGUGCUGAAGAUGAACUAAAAUAUGCAGUUGGGCUAGUACGGCCAGUUAGCAUUGCGUAUGAGGUUGUUUCUGGUUUCAAAUUAUAUGAGAGCGGAGUUUACACAAGCACCGUUUGUGGGAAGAAUCCCAUGGAUGUGAACCAUGCAGUUCUGGCAGUGGGAUAUGGAGUGGAAAAUGGAAUCCCAUAUUGGCUCAUUAAGAACUCGUGGGGAGAAAAAUGGGGUGACCAUGGGUACUUCAAAAUGGAGAUGGGAAAGAAUAUGUGUGGUAUCGCAACUUGUGCUUCGUACCCAGUCAUUGCUUGAGUGAGUGUUACUCCUACGGAUGGCGUUGCUCUUUGGAAGGCAUGAGUGCAAUCUGUGUGGAGCACAUCAAUGUCCUUUAUGUGCAAAUUGUAUUCUUCUUCAACUUGUGUGUAUAUAUUUUACUCCGUACAUGUAUAUACCACUUAUAUAGUUAUAUAGUACAUGUAUGUCAUAUUUCAAUAAGAAAGAAAAUGAUGGACGCAUCCCUGUAAUUUCUCAUUUUCUCUUCGAACAUGCUGUAACUCUUUUGGUGGUAUAUUAAUUAGUUUUAUCAUGUACAUGCACGUAUAAUUACUGCGAACUUCUUUGUGAUGUGUUGGACACCUAAAACAAACAUUAUUAUAUCAUACUGCGUUUUGCUGAUCU